GUCGAGUAGCGUGACUCGCCGAUGUGUACUACCAGCGAGUAACUACGGACCUGAGCUGGUCUCACGGCCGAGGGCCUUUCAACUCGGCCCGUACUUCUCGUACAGUCUCUCGCAAGGUGUGGUUCUCGACGCUGCCGACGGAAGUAUGCCGCCGCGAGAUCAACAAGUGCCGCGCGAGAUCCACGCCCGGCGAACGAUCGAUUCAGCGCGUCUUCGCUAGUCCUCGUCCAGAUUCGAUCUUCUCGUCGCGGCGUUUAAAAGCGGCGACACAGGUGCACGGUUUUUUUUCGGAAUCUCUCUCCCGUGAGGAAUACUUACCAGGACGAUCGAGAUCCGCUCGAGCGGAAGGACGCGUCCGCGCGUAGCGUCGAAGGACCCCACGAUCGAGAGCGGGGCGCGAUCGAUGGACGACGCCGUCUCGACGUCAACUGGGAAUUAGUGCGCGCGUGUUAUCGAACCGCCCGGCGCCGGCACACGUGACCUCCUCGAAUUUGUUUGGCGCGCGUUACAUCGCGGUGAAACGCCGUCCGGUGAAGGCAUCUGCAUUCGCAAUGGAAAUGAGGACCGAAAUGCUCAAGACGUUGCUGUUUCUGGUCAUCGGCUUGCUCGUAAAGGUACUGGGAUUACCCAGUGGGGCACCGUCGCAGACAUGCUUCGAUCUAAUGCCACGUCAUCCCGGUAGUUCCCUGCAAUCGUCCUACCCACCUUAUCAGGUACUACCCGCAGCGGGACAAAACAGGGUCCGCCUGAUCCUUGGAAGUCCCGAAGGUCUCGCAUACGAGGGCUUCAUGAUCCUCGCUAGGGACAUCGACACCGGCGAAUAUGUGGGAGAAUUCGCAAACUUGCCCGAUUUCGCAAGAAUCGUGGAAUGCACUCAAGGUGUAAAGAAUGGCGUGACUCAUACGAAUACUGAGAAGAAACACAAUCUUGAAUUCGACUGGGAAGCUCCGGUUGAUUACGAAGGUACCAUCAUCUUCAACUCCACCUUCGCUCAGGAUUACAGCACGUACUGGGUCGGCGUGGAGUCGCCCAGAGUCACCGUUGACAAGCGGUCCAUCAGGGUAUCGACCCCACCUACACCCGUCACUACCUUCAGGACCACCACGCCGCCCUACUACAGCCACACCGUCAGUUACGCGACGAAGGAUGAGGUGGACCCGUUCUACACGGGCUGCCACACCACGAAGAACUGCUUCGGCGCGCCCGCGGGCUGCAUAAAAACCAAGGACUGCAUCGCCGCGGUGGCCGUGAUCGUGCAGGGCGACGAAUAUCAUUUCGAGAUGCAGGCGCGGGGGGAUGCCAAAUACGUCGCUGUCGGCCUGUCCGACGAUAAGAAUAUGGGUGAAGACAGCGUAGUCGAGUGCACGAACGAGAAUGGCGAAAUUGCGUUACACACGUCUUGGAAUUCCGGGAAGCGGAAUACGCGCUAUACGAUGUCGGAAGGCGCGGUCGAGCUGGAGACCGCCUCGAUCAAAAAUGACAAGAUAUACUGCAAGUUUCGACGGGAAAAGCUCACCAACAUUCAGGAACGUACGUAUGACCUUGUCAACACUCCGUACCAUCUCCUCGUGGCCGCCGGCAAAGAUCUGAGAUCAAACGGCGUUGACUUUCACAAUCUCGCCUAUCUUGGGACCAGCACCUCGAAGAGAUUGUCUGACGUUGGGGAAUUGACCGCAGCCACUGACCUACUAAUUCGUCUUCAUGGCGCGCUUAUGCUGGCAUCGUGGAUCGGCACAGCCUCCAUCGGGAUGCUGCUCGCGAGAUAUUAUAGACAGACCUGGGUCAACUCCCAGUUGUGUGGAAAGGAUCAUUGGUUCGCUUGGCACAGGUUCUUCAUGGUACUCACGUGGUCGAUGACGAUCGCAGCCUUCGUGCUAAUAUUCGUGGAAUUGGGCACGUGGAGUUCCGAGACGAUACACGCUUCGGUCGGCCUGGCGACCACGAUUCUAUGCUUCAUCCAGCCUUUCAUGGCAGCUAUGAGACCACAUCCUGGCGCACCACGAAGAGCCCUUUUUAAUUGGGCUCACUGGUUCGUCGGUAACGUGGCAAAGAUAUGCGCUUUAAUCGCGCUUUUCUUCGCGGUACGACUGAACAAGGCUAAACUUCCGGAUUGGGUCGAUUGGAUCCUCACAGCAUACGUGGUCUUCCAUGUUUUAACUCACCUCAUUCUCACAUUCCUUGGAUGUGCUUCUGACAGACAAGCCAGUCAGAGAGUGAAUUCAUUCCCAAUGAAAGACAUGCAUUCUCGCGGAUCAAUGGUGCAUCCAGAUGCGAGACGAGACGCUCCACACUCCGGUAUGCGGAAGUUCAUUUUCGGUGUGUACUUUGUGGUUAUCGUCGCGUUCGCCGCAGUCCUCAUAGUGAUCACCGUGCUGGCACCCAUCGAGGAAACGUGGGCCACCUUCACCAACACUAUCUCGAAUUACUAAGGCCGCUAAUCAACGCCAUGGAAAUAUUCGUCACCACCGCGAUAGUCGAGCGGAGGAUUCCGUCCGAAUGGGGAACGUCGCAGCCGUCGCGUCGCAGUGAUGAUAUAUUCCCGGCGCGACUUUCUGUAUGCAAAUUAACACGAGGAACAUGUAUAAAUCCUAUUCGUGUGAAGAUGCAAAUCGCGCCACUACAAUGUGCGACGACGAAGAUAUCACUGACGAUUGUUUUUAUACUCUUUUUCUAGGUUUCCCUGGAAAAUUCGCGAAUCUCCAUUUUAAUUAUGUAUCAAUAUAUCAUAAUUAAAGUACGUUUCUGUAUAUAUAACAUUUUUUAACUUACUUGGAAGAUAUUAAGAUUAAUACUUACAUUAAGUAUUCAUUAUUGCUUCAUUAUUAUUAAACGAAUAUUCUGAGACUAUA